AUGUCAUCUGCACCAACAACCACACCUACACAUGAAAUCUUGUGUCGAUAUUUCGCAAACAAUGUUUGUCAGAAAGGUACUUCAUGUCCCUUCUCUCAUGAUCGCACUUCAAAAGCUGACCGAACGUGUCGUUAUUAUCUAGUCGGCCAAUGUGCGUAUGGUACUGGCUGCAGAUAUGAACAUAAACGGCCGCCGUCAGCUGAUAUCAGAACAGUAAAAAAUGUUUCUUCUACAUUCGAGGACUCCAAUGCAAGUAAUAAUGUUAUCAAAGCAAUAAGCAGCAUCAACAGUAAUGGUUUUGCACCAAUGAAAGCAGAACUUCGAGUGGAGCAUGUGUUUUCUGCGAAUGCAGCAGAAUUUGUUCCGUCUUGGAAAACAGCAGCACCUAAUGAAUCGAGUAUUGCGCCAUCUAGUUCGCAGAAAUUGCCUUUAUGUCCAUACUUUGAAACGGGAUAUUGUGUCAAGGGUGAUCAGUGUCAGUUUGUUCACGGUGAUAUUUGUGAUCUUUGUAAUAUACCUUGUCUACAUCCAAACGAUCGAGAACAACGUGCACAACAUCGACAAGAAUGUAUGGACAUUCAUGAAGCUGCCAUGGAGGAGGCGUUUGCUCAAGCGCGCUCGGUUGGUAAAGUGUGUGGCAUCUGCAUGGAAAACAUUAGGGAAAGAAACGGUCGUUUUGGAAUCUUAGAAGGAUGCAAACAUUGUUUUUGCUUAGAAUGCAUUCGACAGUGGCGUCGGAACCAGAACUCUCAAUUUGAAUCGAAGAUAGUUCGCAGUUGUCCAGAAUGUCGUACUCAUUCAGAUUUUGUCAUUCCAGCUAUUUAUUGGGUAGAAGAUCAAGCAGAUAAAAAUAAAUUGAUUGCAAGUUUUCGUGAAAAUACGAAGCAGAAGUUAUGCAAGUAUAUUAGAGGAGGUUAUAUCGAUGAUUGUCCAUUUGGUAAUAAAUGUUUUUACAAACAUCAACUACCAGAUGGUACUGUCGUGGAAGGAAAUAGUCCACAAAGUCGUCGGAGACAAAGACGUCCGCUGGAUUCUGAUUUUUAA